UUAACUAUCAUGAUAAUGUAAAUUAAAAUUCCUGUGUUAACCACAGCACCAAAAUUGCAAUCGUUUUUCAUUAAUUCUAACCGUCCAUUUAAUCAAAGCGUAGAUCUAACGGCAGAUAUCAAAUCAGAGGCUACUUCACAUAAUUUCCCUCCCUAUAUAAAUCACAACAUAAUCCUGAGCUUGUAAGUUGUAACACAUAUCCCCACAAUCGUGACAGAGAGAGAAGAGAAAAUGGUUUCGUGGCUGAUGACUCUCAAGGCGGUGCUAAUCUCGAGCGGCGUCGCUUCCGUCGGACUGUUGCUCAAGGUCUAUGUUCCGACGGCUGUUGACUUCUCCGUGUCGCAAGCUCCGGUUCUGUGGAGCUCUUUGCUUUCGUGGCUGAAACCGCCGUAUCUCUACGUCCUCACAAACGGAAUCAUCAUCACUAUCGUUGCUUCUUCGAAGUAUUACCGGAACUCUAGCCACCAUGAACAGGAAGGCGAUGAAUCAGCCUCUCCGCGGAUGCUGGAGGUGAAGGAUUUGGAUCCGGAUGCGCAAUUCAGUUUUGUAGCCGCGAAGGAAGAGAAGAUAAUAGAUGCAGUGGCGAUGGUGGAAGAUGAGUCGGAGCUUAAGAACUUGAUUAUGGUGGAAAAUUUCGAUUUGGUUGGAUCUGGUGGAGAUGAGGAUGUCAUGAUGGCGUCGGCAAAUUCAAAUUGGAGUCAUGUGCCAUUAAGGAUGACUGAAUCUGAAAAUCUCCCUCCCAAGGAUUCAAGAUUUGACCACCUGGAGUCGGUGAAAGCUAGUACAAGAGGUGGAAGAAGAGGGGUGUUGAGAGUGCAUAACGAUACACUGGAGAAUACUUGGAAGAUGAUAACGGAAGGUAAGUCAACGACGUUGCCCAGACAGCUAUACCGGAGAUCGGACACGUUUAGCCGUGGAAAUUCCGGCGAGGCGAAUCCGGUUUACAGGAAAUCGGAGACGUUUAGGGACAUGACUAACCAUUACCAGUCUCAGGUGAGGAAAGAGCCGUCACUGAGUCAGGACGAGUUGAAUCGGCGAGUUGAGGCAUUUAUUAAAAAGUUUAAUGAGGAUAUGAAGUUGCAGAGGAUGGAGUCACUGAGACAGUACAAAGAGAUAACCGAUCAUGCGGUUUAGUCUUUUUUUCUGCUUUUUCGUUGGUUUUCGUUUAGUAUUUUAUUGGUUUUUUAUGCACAAAAAGAAGAAGGAAACAAAACUAAAAGGGGUGCUAACCAAAAAAUAGUCACUGUAAAAAAAUUGUCACUGUAAAAAAAUUGGGCUCUAUUAUGAGUUAUGGUGAAUAUCAGUUAGGGUUAACACAGUUACCAGGUUUCUUUUUACCCUUUUCUUUGUUUGUUGUUGUUGUUGUUGUGUAUAUAGCUUUAGUCAGCUACACAUUUGGUUUGUGUGGAUAAUCUUUUCUUUUGUGUACUAGGUGCGUAGCCCCCGCGUUUUCCUUUAUAUAAAUAUGUUGAAGUGUUGCCGUGUU